AUGGAACAAGAAAAAAGUGUUGGAGUUGAAGCACAAGUAAAAGAGUACAAAGAAAAGAGGCCUUUUGACCAUGCUGAUGUGAGUUUUCAAAUGUAUCACCGGAAUGAUUUCGAGGUGAAAUGUAUUGCCGGAAUAAUGCAUAACGACGCGGUGGACAAUGUACCGUUUUCAGUCGCGUUUUGUUCCAAACCGCGUUACAUGCAACAGAAAUCACGUGACAAUCGGUUCAUGGCACGUGAAGUGAUUAAUCCGGGUCCCGAAGAUUACAGUGUGUUGAGAAUUGAUGUGCAAGAAACACAUGUGUCCCAAGUUGUAUGGAACUCGGGAUUGCAGAGGGUUCUCAAAGUUCGUAGAGCAACGCACGGGAAGGAGUCAGAUCCGCAUGAUCCGGAUCACAUUCCGGAGCCAGUGGUGGAGCACCUUAGGCGUGCAGGCUUUUAUCAUGUUGCACGCAUGCAUCAUAUGCCGAUUGAUCAUUCACUUAUUAGUGCUCUGGUUGAGCGUUGGCGCCCAGAAACACAUACAUUUCAUAUGCCGCAAGGCGAAGUGACCAUUACUCUUCAAGAUGUGAAUGCUAUUCUUGGAUUGUCAUCAGACGGGGAACCCCUUAUUGGACCGACAUCCGCAAAUUGGAGUAAUGUUGUACAACAAAUGCUAGGACAUCAACCUUUGCCGCAUGAGAUUGAGGGAAGCUAUUUGCGAAUGUCCUUCAUAGAUCGACACUAUGGACAUUGGGUUGCGCACCAAGGCAUGCCUCAUACUGAACUCCUCUAUUCACGGGCUUAUAUAUUACGCCUCAUUGGUGGAUUUCUUUUUAGUGACAAGUCAGGGAAUAAGGUUGCCCUACGAUUUUUGCCAUUUCUAGAUGGGGAUUUUUCGGGUAUGACCACGUAUAGUUGGGGCGCAGCAGUGUUAGCACUCCUCUACAGGGAAUUGUGCAUGGCGACAAACCCAGCCCAAAAUAUUAUGUCUGGUUGCCUGACCUUGUUGCAGAUAUGGGCAUGGUCCAGAUUCCCCCCCAUUGCACCAUUUAUACCACCUGAAACCGAUCCAAAUGAUCAUUACGAAAGAAGAUUUAAUAAUUUUCCAAGGCGGAUACGACCAAAGGAUUUGAUGCACUAUAGAUCGACACUUGACACUAUGAGCAGAACCGAUGUAGGAGUUUGUACAUGGCUUUAG